GGCGGACUGCCCUUCUCCAAAAUGGCAUCGAAGGUGGGAUCGCGACGGUGGGCACUGCAGCUGCUUAUGCAGUUGGGCUCGGUGUUGCUCACUCGCUGCCCCUUCUGGGGCUGCUUCAGCCAACUCAUGCUGUACGCCGAGAGGGCCGAGGCGCGCCGGAAGCCCGACAUCCCAGUGCCCUACCUGUACUUCGACAUGGGGGCGGCCGUGCUGUGCGCUAGCUUCAUGUCCUUCGGAGUGAAGCGGCGCUGGUUCGCGCUGGGAGCCGCACUCCAGCUGGCCAUUAGCACCUACGCCGCCUACAUCGGGGGCUACGUACACUACGGGGACUGGCUGAAGGUCCGCAUGUACUCACGCACAGUUGCCAUCAUCGGUGGCUUUCUUGUGCUGGCCAGCGGCGCUGGGGAGCUCUACCGUCGGAAACCCCGCAGCCGUUCCCUCCAGUCCACUGGCCAGGUCUUCCUGGGCAUCUACCUCAUCUGCGUGGCCUACUCGCUGCAGUACAGCAAGGAGGACCGGCUGGCGUACCUGAACCACCUCCCAGGAGGGGAGCUCACGAUCCAGCUGUUCUUCGUGCUGUACGGCGUCCUGGCCCUGGCCUUCCUGUCCGGCUACUACGUGACCUUGGCUGCCCAGAUCCUGGCCAUCCUGCUGCCCCCGGUCACGCUGCUCAUCGACGGCAACGUUGCCUACUGGCACAACACGCGGCGCGUCGAGUUCUGGAACCAGAUGAAGCUGCUUGGGGAGAGUGUGGGCAUCUUUGGGACGGCGGUCAUCCUGGCCACCGACGGCUGAGUCCCACAGGGAGAGGCUGAAAUGGGCGCGGGGAGCCACCGAGGGCCGCCCUGCCUUUGGGCUGGCCCUGUUACAUUUAUUUAUGCUCUUUGGUUUGUUUGUUCGAUCCUUUGCUCUGUGUACAUGUAUAUGUGUUGGCAACAGGCCGGUCUGUCCCCCAGCUCCUGGGCUCAGCCCUGGAUGAGGGGAGCCCUGACGAUAAUGCCUUACAAGGGGGUGGUGGUGGCUGUUUUUUGUUUUUUCCUGUUUGUUAGGAGGAGAGCGGAGGCCAGCUGCUCCCCUGGGCCUCAUGCCUCAGAAAGCAGAGUAAGCUGGGCGAGGGUGGGGGUACUGAGAGUGGGAGGCAGAGGAAGGGAGACUGAGAAUCAGAGGUGAGCAAAAGGGGAAACUUCCUACCGAACCUGGCCGAUGCAGCCGGGCUUUGCAGUGCUUUUUUGGAGACCGAGACUGAGCAUGCGUGUUGACACAUGGAUCAGGCCCAGGAGGAGCGGAGCGACUGGGCUCCACAGAGGUCACACGGGUCCUCAGGAUGGGCCAGGGGCAGACAUGGCACUAGCUGCCACCCACCUUGAGAGCAGAGCAGGCCCCAGACGACUCAGGUGUGGGGGGUGGGGUGGGCAGCGGCCGGCUUCCGGCCUUCUACCGCCAGUUCCUCGGUUGGCCUGGUGGGAGCGAGUGCCCUCCCAAAUACCAGACCACACACUCUUCCAAAAAUAAACAUUUUAUACAGACA